AUGUUUCCAAGAACUAUUAAACUUUCAAUAAGCUUAUUGCGGCCAGAAAAGUUACAGUUAACACUAAAUUCGGGAAUAAAAUAUUUCCCUCCACCAAAAAACUAUGAUGAUAUUGAGAUACCAGAACGUCCAAGGCUUAGAAUAUUUGACAAAGUGCCACUUUACCCCCCAAACCUAAAACCACCUAAAAUGCAAAAACGCCUUCGUUAUAUGAGGGGACCAGAAACUUUACAUAAUACUUUACAACUGAAACAAUAUGGUGUAGUGGCUACAGGUGGUGGUAGAUUACGACAUGAACAUUUUGAAAUGGUUCGUCUCCAAGUUGCCAGGAGGAUAGAUAUGAAGAGGAUGUUUGCUAUUUGGAGAGUGGAUCCUCCAUGGCAGCCUGUUACGAAGAAAGGUCAAGGGCAGCGUAUGGGUGGUGGAAAAGGAGCCAUUGACCAUUAUGUUACUCCUAUAAAGGCUGGCAGAAUCAUAUUUGAAGUUGGUGGCAAAUGUGAAUAUGCAGAGGUAUAUGAUCUCUUAAGAAUAGUGUCAGAAAGAUUGCCUUUUAAAGCAGAGCCAGUAUCACAGGAGAUUAUGGAGAAAAAAGCAGCAGAUGAAAAAUGGAAAGAAGAAAAUAACCUAAAUAAGUACACUAUGAAGUAUAUUAUACAAAAUAACAUGGGUGGAUGUCACAAGUUCCUCUCUAAAUAUGACCACAAAUGGUGUGGGAAAUAUAUU